GACAUUCACUGGACUCGCGAGCGUAUGAUUCUUCUGCAGUGUCAAGCAUUUCUUUAGGAAAUUGAUCUGGAAACGGGAUAAUAACCAUGUCACUGUAUCCAUCUCUAGAAGACAUGAAGGUGGAUAAAUUCCUGCAGGCACAGAACAGCCCGUAUGCGAGCCCAUCAAAAGCUUUGGCUCUUCCUGAACCUUCCCAAACCCAGAAUGAGCCGAAAGCUGAAGAGAUCGGAGCUUCUGGAAGUUUAUACCCGGAUCUGAAUGAGUUUAUGGGUCUAAAUCUCAAUGCAGACGCUUUACAAACUCUUUCCUCUUCAGUCACUGACCAGAGCAGUGCGGCUCUCAGUGUCUGCACAUCUGGAUCGAGCUGGACGGCAGCUCCUGUAACAGGAAGUGACACGGCGAUCUGGAGGGCGGCUCCUGUAACAGGAAGUGACCUGGGCGUGAAGAGGGCGGAGAUUCGGCAGGGCGUUCGGGAGCUUGUUCUGUGCAAAGACAUGGAUGGGAAGAUCGGCCUCCGCCUCAAAGCCAUAGAUAAUGGUGUGUUUGUGCAGUUGGUGCAGGCGAACACUGCGGCAGCGUUGGCAGGGCUUCGCUUCGGUGAUCAGAUUCUGCAGAUCAAUGGCAAAUCCUGCGCUGGCUGGAGCAGCGAUAAUGCACAUAAAGUGCUGAAGAACGCCAACCCUGAGAGGAUCAGUCUGGCUGUGCGGGACAGGCCGCUGGAGCGGAGCGUUACCCUCCACAAGGACCUGAACGGCCAGCUGGGCUUCAUCUUUAAGAAGGGUCGCAUCAGCUCCAUCGUCCAGGACAGUUCUGCGGCUCGCAACGGCCUGAUGACGGACCACCAGAUCUGCGAGAUCAACGGCCAGAACAUCAUCGGACUCAAGGACUCCCAAAUCAUGGACAUCCUUAAUUCCAGCGGAGGCGUUGUCACGGUAACCGUGAUGCCGGUGGUGAUCUUCGAACACAUGAUGAAACGGAUGUCCAGCAAUAUUGUAAAGUCACUAAUGGAUCAUUCUAUCCCUGAGGUGUGAGACGCUUCGGAUCGAACCGGACUCGCAUUCGCCCAAUCGUGUGGUUUUAUAGUUAUUGACA